AUGCAACCGUAUGCCUAUCAAGGUCGCCAUCCCAAACACUUUCAGCGGUCUGAUUUUGUCGUUGUUGACAGGGCGCCUCGACAUCUUUUGGUCCAUGUAGUCAAUGAAGACAUGAGCUUUUGGAUCCUAUGUGCACAUGCACUGCACAGUGGAUCUCCCAGUGGUGAACGUGAAACAUGGUGGCACAUGCUUUCAGAAACCAUUCAAAGGCAUGCCCAACACGACCCGCUGGUCGUCAUGAUUGACGCCAAUGCUCGCAGUGGACCUGCUGAUCAUGUCCAUGUUUUUGGGAAUGACGACGUGGCCAAUACCAACACAGCUCAUUUCAGGGAGUUUUUGGAGGAACAUCAACUAUGUACUCCUUCCACUCUCACUCUACAUGAGGGACAUCAAACCACAUGGAUGCACCCAUCAGAAGAUGCGGAAUAUCGGAUAGACUAUGUCUUAGUCCCGAUUCACUGGGUGACAGACUGCACACAAUCCUGCAGUCUGGACCACCUCGACCUGGGUCACCUGGGAGAUCAUCGUGCCAUGGCCAUCGAACUAUCAUGGCAAGAAGCUGGCCACAAGAUGAAAAAGAACCAGAAGAUCAAAUCCUAUGACCGAACAGGUAUCCUGACGGCGGAUUUGGCAAAAGGCCUUGAUGAUUAUGCUCCGCUACCAUGGCAGGCUGACAUUGAGAACCAGGUGGACCACUUCAACCAGCAUGUGCUUGAAGUCCUGCAUCAACAAUGCCCAACCAAAAGACAAGGACCAAAGAAAUCCUACAUCUCUGAGCGGACUUGGCAGCUUCGAGCCCAAAAGCUACGGCUCCAACGCACUGCCAAAGACAACAAGAAACGUCAGCAAAAGGAGUUCAUGACUCGACUUUUCCAAAGAUGGGCAGGUCGAAUCGACAGUGACCGCCAAGAACAAUCUGUACAAUUUGAAAAUUCUUUGGCAGCUCACGGCUUGAAAACACGCAUCGAGCUCUAUCUCGUCUCCAGACAGCUUCGAGGCGAAUUGACUGCUGCCAAGCGUGUGCAUGUCAAAAAGAUCAUCACGGCCCUUCCUCCGGAUUGUGCAGCUUCCACCAUACUCAACACCCUCAAGCCAGUGAUUGGACCGACGAAUCCGAAAUUACGUCGGACCUCACCACUGCCAUGGAUUUUGAAUGAACAAGGACAACCAUGUACAACCCCAACGGAGCUCACCGAUUGUUGGGCUGAAUUCUUUGGCACGAUGGAAGGAGGCCACAGAGUUAGUGCAUCCGAAUUGCGUCAGGAUUGGAUUCAAGAUCUGAGCACCUUCAUGCAGAAGGACUUGGAGCUUCGUCCUGAAGAUGUUCCAACCUUGACGGACCUUGAACAUGCAUACCGACGGGUUCGACCUCACAAAGCGGUAGGCGAUGAUCAUGUACCACCAGAACUUUGCCACAGACAUCCCGUCCAAAUGGCAAGGUUGACAUUCACACAGAUGCUCAAACUCUGUACACACGGCCAAGAAGCGCUCCAGCACAAAGGAGGCCUGCUUGUUGCAGCCUGGAAGCGCAAGGGACCACAGAAUUUAUGUUCUUCAUACAGGUCCUUGCUCAUCAGCUCUCAUGUAGGGAAGACGCUACAUCGAGCGGUCCGUGACCAUCAAGCAAAUGUCUACGAGGCAUUCCUCCAACAUCAACAGGUCGGAGGGCGACGCCAUUUCCCAGUCACCAUGGGAGUGCACUAUCUUCGAUCCACUGCACGUAUGGCUCGACAGGCGAAGAGAUCUCACGCCAUGAUCUUCCUGGACCUUCAGGAAGCAUUCUAUCGAGUCCUUCGACCCAUCGCCAUUGGUGGCGUCAUCACGGACACCCUGCUGGCAUCCAUUGCGGAGAGAUUGAGACUCCCUAUAGAUGCAGUCAGUGACCUACAUCAACUCCUUCAGUUGCCCGCAGCAACGGAAAUGGCUGGACUUCCACCACACCUAUCGAGAGCACUACAAGCGCUACAUACCAACACACAUUUUCGAGUACAUGGCCAGACUGAUGCCACCCACACUCGGGUAGGCACUCGACCGGGCGACCCUUUUGCGGACGUGGUGUUUGGGUACAUGUUUGCCCGUUUGCUGACUACGGUCGAGCAGAAGAUGCAGGACCUCGACAUCUUGGAGACCAUCAAUGAUGUGAGUACACCUGGCCUUUUCCUGGACCUUCAUGCAGGGCCCAUGCAUCAGCACUCCAUUUUGGGGCCAACCUGGAUGGACGACCUCUGUAUAACAGUGACGUCCACCACAGCCCAUGGAGUAGAACAUAAAGCAGGACUGGCUGCGAGUGUGCUUCUGGAGACGUGCAUGAAUCAUGGAGUCACUCCCAAUCUCCAGAAAGGGAAGACAGAGAUACUCCUAUCCUUCAGAGGACAAGGUUCCAGGGCACUCAAGCAGAAAUACUUCAGUCCACAACAAGGCCAGAGGAUGAUGAUCCUGACUGAGUAUGGCACCCACUACAUUUCUGUCGUGGGCGACUACACCCAUCUAGGUGGCCUGACACACCACAGCGGCACAUGUCGUAAAGAGAUGAGAAGACGCAUUGCCAUUGGCAACAACGCAUUCAAUCUCCAUCGAAAAUUGCUCUUUCAGAACCGGGCCCUUUCGGCCGACAAAAGAACCCAACUUUUCAUGACCCUCGUGACCAGCAAGAUAUCCUAUGGAACGGAAUCUUGGAUUCUGGACGAUGUCAGAUCCAAAACCUAUUUCAAUGGAGCUAUCCUUCGUCUUUACAGAAGGUUGUUGAAGUGCGCACCAGACAGUGCCAUUCCAGAUGAUGAAAUCCUUGUGCAGACCCAACUACCAGCUCCAGAAGAUCUUCUCCGGAUAUCAAGGCUGCGCUAUGUUGGACUGCUCUACCGCUGUGAAGAGGUCACGCCCUGGGCCCUCAUCCGAGCGGAUACACAAUGGAUCCAACAGAUCAAAGAGGAUCUACAAUGGCUCUGGCGUCUCGUUGAGCACACCACCAAAUUGCGCAAUCCAGAGGAACAUUUCCCUGCUUGGGAAUAUGUGCUCCGCUACCAUCGUAGUUACUGGAAGACUUUGCUUCAACGUGGACUUCAAUUGUCACAGCUCCAUCGACAAGAUGACAUGCUUCUACGUCGCCUUCAUCAUGACAUUCUUGGACACCUGGCGCACUGGGGACCGCUUCAAUUUGCACCAGUACGACCAAAUAUUCCAAUUGAACAUCAGACUGGCUACUAUGGUUGCAUGUCGUGCGGCAUUCGAUGCAAGUCAAAAGCUGGUGAGGGAGCACAUCUCUUCAAAGUCCAUGGUAUUUGUGCGCGAGAACGCCAUUGGAUCACCCACACUGGCUGUGAAGUAUGUCUUAAAGAAUAUCAUUCAUUUGAUAAAUUGCAGGCACAUCUUCGUCGGUCGGAUCAAUGCCGAGCACAACUAUGCACGAGGGCAACGCAGACCCCGAUCAUGCCAGGUAUUGGCUCCAGAGACAAUGCCAUUCUGAAAGCGCAACAUGAUGAUCUACUCCCUGUUCAACAAGCAGCAGGUCCACGAACACUCCAGAAGCCUCCAGGUGAAAUUGACCUACAUCAUGUUCACCUAUUUGAGCAACUCAUUCUGCUGAUCAUGGACUCUCCUGUACUUGUGACAGGUGAUUUGCAACAUCGGAUGAGAACAUGCAUCCAGACGUAUGACAUCAGUUGGACGCAAACGCAGCUCACCCUCCGACAUGUGCAUCAAGCGAUUUCCUUGUUAGAGGAGUAUGAUGCUGCGACACCACGGGCUACUGCACUAUCAGCGCUGGAGUUUCUUUUGGAGCCCUCGGCAUGGGGAUUUCUCACUGAGAUCCGGUAUGAGACUGCAGGCACAGAGCAUCUCCAUCACCUUGAUCUUUAUGAGCAAUGGUGCUGCGACUUGGCCACUGCCCCAUCACCGUGGAGACCAACCUUAACCUGCCCGCGACCAGUCUUUCGAGAACGAGUAGUCCUUCAUGCCUACUCGGGUCGAAGAAGGCCAGGGGAUUUCCAGUGGUUCCUUGACGCACUGGGUCGCCAGCAGAAAUUAGAAGGUUUUUAUGUAGUUUCCCUUGAUAUCGUAAUAGAUUCUACAUGGGGCGACAUUGGCAAUCAGAAGACACAGAGCUUCUGGCUUGAGUCGAUGCGUGCUGGCUUCGUGAUCGGGUUCCUCAGUGGGCCCCCCUGUUGCACAUGGUCUGUGGCGCGAGGGAAGCAUGUGGCUGGCUCGCACAGACGAGGUCCUCGAGUCCUUCGCACGGCAUCAGCACUGUGGGGCUUCCAUUCGGUCUCUCUCAAGGAGAAACGACAGCUCAUGGAUGGACAUCUACUCCUUGGCUUUAGCCUCAAGGCAAUGGUAGUCCUGUCCACCGUGGAGAGCUGUGGGGCUUUGGAGCAUCCGGCCGAACCCGCCGAUGAUCAAGCAGCGAGCAUCUGGCGGCUGCCCAUUGUCCAAAUGAUUGCCACUUUGCCAGGGUUUCGCCAUUAUGAGUUUGCGCAGGGAUUACUGGGAGCAGAUAGCGCCAAGCGCACAGGCUUGCUGUCUUUGAACCUUCCUGACCUGCCGAAGUUCCUUCGAGCCAACGCGGUAUGUGCUCACCUUCCACGAGCCCAAACCAUUGGCGUCGACGAGAACGGCCAGUUUCGAACAGCGAAACUGAAGGAGUAUCCUCCUGCUUUAUGUAAAGCGCUAGCAGAGGGAUUUUUCUCACAUUUUCCACCACCCGAAGAGGUGGUGAAGGUAGUUUUGGCCUUUGAAGCCACCGUCUAUGCGGCUGGAGGUUUCUCGAUUUCCAAAGCUGCUCUGGAAAUGGCUGGUCGCAUCCGUUUGUUGUUGGGCGCCACUGCAUGGGCCUGGUUGCUACCUUGGGCUGCUGAGCUGAACUGCCGCUGCAACGCUGAGCCCCAAAACCUGGCGCAUCCGGCGUCCUCCACGGCGCUGCUGGCGCUGCAACAAGGCUACACUUUGGCUUUCUUUGUGAGUGGUUUUUUCGCUCUCCGGGAGAUCUGCGUUAUCCUACGGGGAGAACCUCCCUCUGCGCUGGACAGGUCGCAAAGGCCACGCUUUGGUGAUUGCUUGCCCAGCAAUGCUGUGCUUGGUGGUCAAUUUCGCUUGGACAAGGCGGAGUUGGAAGCCAGCGGUCGAGCCAUUUUCAUCCCCAGCAGACCCCGUGCUGGCUUGGAUCUAUCCUCUGGCCUAGCCUUGGUGUCUCACCUCUUUGGUGCCUUCGUCUUGCGCGGUCGCGGUAUGACGGGGCCGUGGAUGUUGGGCGGCUGCGGGGCAUUGGCAGCACGGAGGCUUGGGAGCGUUUGGGACGCUGCUUGUAGCGGAUCAGAGGUGCCCCGACUGUUGUGUCGAAGCGGUGAACUCUGGUGGUUGCUGUGUGCACUUUGGCAGUUGCAGGAAUGCGAAGCCUAUGCUGGAGGGGUGCUCCCACAAUGUUUGGGCGAGUGA